GAUCGGGCUUCAUGCGCUGCGGGCCAGCGGCGGAAAGAAAAACAUGGAGGGACGUUUACGGCUACGGGGGUUUCCUUUCUCGAAUCCCGCGGGGAUAACGCCACUACACGAGGAGACCCUUUGUUCGCGGAGCUUGUAAUUCAACUUCAUGCCAUUAGGAAUGUUAAUAAAUGAACAAUGGAAGGUGCUAACAAGCUGGUAAAUUAGAGAGCGGAGGAAUGGGGAGUGCUUCGGUCGCCGGAUUUUGUGGGUGGCCAUAGUAACAGGGCGGGGCAGUAAUCCGGGAGGGGCGGGUCCUAACGAGAACACGACUCGCCUUGUUGUGUGUAUUCCCGUGCUCGCAUCGCCAUCUUGUUGCCAUCCUAUUUUUUUACGUAUGCGAGGAUCUACUUUCCGUUCGGCCGGAUUAAAAAUCGCCCGUGUGCUUUCAGGAGAAACCCAAGGGACGAAAGGUUUGGGAGGGCUGGUGUGAACCGUGCAUACGACGCUUACUACUGGGACGCUACUUACCUCCCUCCCCCCUCCCUCGGUCUUUUUCCUCCUUCCGUCCCGGGCUACCGGGUCUCCUGCCGUGAGGUUUUACGCGCAAUGAGCAUCGAUACGCUUCUGGAGGCGGCCAGGUAUCUGGAAUGGCAAGCCCAGCAGCAACAACAGACCACACGUGAAGAGCAACUUGAAGACAAGGAGCUCAUCAGAAGGGAGGCGGAGUCAAAGCAUGUGGAACUUGUGGCUUCACCAUCUCAGCCAGUAGGAGCCAAUCAUGUCACCUGGGGUGAUGAAACUCACCGUCAACAGCCGCAUCACCUUCCUGUCCCACCGCCCCCGUCUCUACCUACUCGUCAACUCCCCAUUGCAGUCAUCCCAAUGGUGCCGGUUGUCACCGCGACAACUUCAGUCCCGCCCCUUCCGCUCAAAACGCCAAUUGCUGCUGCAGCAGCGACGCUCAACAGCUCCCCGCCAGUCAAGAACUCUUCCUCCCCUCCACCUCAGCCAGCGACUCGUCAACUGUUGUGCUCCCCUCAGAUCAAAGUGGAACCCAGUGAGCAGCUGAUAGAUGUAAAGCCUGGAGCAUCACAGCUUCAGGUUCAGAUCAAGUACCCGGCCCCCAUCAGCACUAAUGGCUCCCAACACGCACUGGUUCCUCAUCAGGCCCCACUCACACCUCAGCCACAGCCUAACGGGAUGACCAUGGAGGAAAUGAAGGGAAUGGAAGGGAAGAGGAGACCAGGAGGGGCGGGGACCAGAGAGGUGCACAAUAAACUGGAGAAGAACAGGCGAGCGCACCUGAAGGAGUGUUUUGAGACACUGAAGAAAAAUGUUCCGAACAUUGAUGAGAAGAAAACGUCCAACCUCAGUGUUCUCCGCAGCGCUUUGCGUUACAUACAGACUCUGAAGCGCAAGGAGAAGGAGUACGAGCACGAGAUGGAGCGUCUGGCUCGAGAGAAGAUCGCAACGCAGCAGCGGCUGGCCGAGCUGAAGAACGAGCUCAGCCAGAACAUGGACGCCAUAGAAAUCGACAGAGUCCUCAGACAGACCAUCCAGCCAGAGGACGACCAGGCGUCCACGUCCACGGCCUCAGAAGGAGAAGAUAAUUAUGAGCAGGACAUGGACGAGGACGUUCCCGCCCCUCCUGCUCCCACGCCCCUCCCCAAACCGGCUCCUCCCAUUUUACAAGCUCAGCCGCUCAUCACCCCUCACCUGGCGAUCCAGCACACCACACUGCCUAUCCUCACCAGCGCCUCCCCCGUGGGUCCUCCUCCACCUCAAGCCAUUGCCCCUGCUCCAGCCCCGGGUCAACCCCCACCGCCACCUCCUCAUCCUAUCCAGCCCCCAGCCAUGCAGGUCCAGCCCACCGUCAUCGCUCACGCCACUGUGUCCCAUGCUUCAGUCAUCCAGGCUGUCAAUAAUGCCCUUCCCACCAAUCACAAACACCUAACGCAUAUCGCUCCAUCACCUGGCCCCAACUCUUCCACACCUCAGCCGAUCACAGCGGCUCCGGCUGCCCCUGCCACCGCCACUCACCAGCCAAUAACUGCCCAGCCCAUCGGACACAUCACCGUCCAUCCGGUGGCCCACCUGGGCUCUCCUUUGGCAUCCCACCUCCCGACUCUCUACCCCCAGGGCAUGUCUGUGUCCCAGCCCACGAUGGUGGGCCACAUCGCCCACACCUUCACCCACCACACCCUUCCUCACGUCCAGGCCAAUCCUCAAACUAACACUAACGGCGCCCAGGUGAACAGCGCGACUGUGGUGAGCCAGGGAAGCCCGUCGCUAGGGAAACCCACAGCAGUGCUGGCCCCCCACCCACAGCUGGUUGGACAGGCUACUGUCCUGAACCCUGUCACCAUGGUUACAGUCCCAACCUUUCCCGUCAGCACGCUCAAACUGGCCUGAAACAGACAAUAAUACCUGUAGCGAUGGAUGUGAGACAAGAGAACGAGUUUUCAUCUCCUGUCAGUCGCAGAGUCUCUGACAGACACGUGAACAUUUGAGCAUCAACUGUUUCUGGACUUUGUGUGAUGAAUAUCUUCUGAGAUAUUUCAGUCACAGCUCUGUUAGUUUGUGAACAAUUACAUUAAAGCUGAGUCAGCAGGUCGGGCCAUUGUUUGUGAAAAUGUGACUGUGACGUUUGUCUCCCCCGCAAACACAGAAACUCUGUUUUACCUUUUUAUCUUCCUUCCUUUUCUCUUUAUUUUACCGCCAGAGGCACUAACACAAUAAGCUCUGUUUGCACUCAGGCAUCAAGGAUUUACUUUAACUGGUCAUUCAGUCAUUUAGGGGAAAUGAUUACAGCGAGACAGAGAGAGGACUUUGAGCUCGUGUGGGACGUGUAACGUCACUCCUGUGUUUAAAGGGUGGAGCUGGAGUUGGAUUCAGUGGUCUCAUCCAGAUAAAUCACACGCAGGGCCGUUUAUCAGUCAAUUACAUCACAUAACAUUACAUAGUUAAUUAGGGCUAAAACAUUGUCACGUACUGAUGCAGUUAUUUAGUUUUUUCUACCAGGAACACGACAGGAAAGUUUUUUGUUCUUCCCCUUUCGCCAUGAUCUAAGUUCGACACGUGGCAGACGAAGUCAUUCUUUAAACAUCUUGCAAAUAGUUUAAGGAAAAGAAUUUGAGGAUGGUAGUGCAAUAAAAAAAACCUGACACGCUGCAGUUCAGAAUACAAAAAAAGGAGACAGCACAUCUUUUUAAAGGCAAAUUCUGCAGUGGAGUUAAUUUUUUCAUUUUCUUUUUAUCCACUACCUCAGAAGGCUUUUAUUUUGGAGGGCGACUCCAAAACAGCGAUUUGCUCCAGAGAAUUGGGGCAGUGAUUGCUCGGUUUGGUCAGCGUACAGUAGUGUCUGUUAUUGAUGGCCCUGUGGAGAAGUUGUGUCAUGUUAACCACAAAUAAAAGUAGGGCAGUAAGUUUGAAGCGAGCAGGAGCUGAGUCAGAAAAGCAGCUGAGGACAGAAGCUGGCAACUGGGAUUUUCCAGCUAUUUGUUGAAAAAAAUAGUUAAAAGUAGGAAGAGCGUGCAGUGCAGUCAGCUUUGAUCUGGUUACCUACACCCACAGUAAAAAGCUUGCCUUCUGCUGGGUUUUUAAAGAAAGAUGUUAAAGGCUCUCAGCUAUCUUUCACUGCCAGAUUCAAAACCUGAGAAGUUGCCCAGUUACCCACAGGUCAUUUGAGUGCAUCAACUCCCGUCAAGUCUGCACACACUGGUGGUUAUUGAGGCUUAAAGCGGCUUAACGAGCCCUCAGGAAACCUCCUAGGACUGCUCCGAAGCUCGUGUUUGUGCGUUUUAAUAGGAUUGUUUAUUAGCUAAGACAUUUUGAAACCAACCAAAGGCUGAGCGAGACUGUAUGCAGAAAAUUGUCUGCAUACCUGCUCUCAAACAGUCAGGCAGGUUUCCUUUUGUCCCUUUGAUGAGUGAUGUUCCUUCAGCACACUGUGGGGAAAACAGGUUUCCAGCCGCUUUAGUGUAACGCAACAGCUCCCUCUGCUGUCGUUACCCAGGCACACACAGCACACAAGUUUCCGAUGAGGCUUUUAAAAAUUGUGAAAAUGCUUUUUUUUUUUUUUUUUUUUUUUAAACUUAACAGAACGAAACAAAAUUAUAUGACUGUAUGGAAGCUUGUUUAUGCCACUAAAAUAAAAACAAAAAACACAAUGUUGCCGUUCAGACUUCUGAGAACAUAACUUUAAAUGGUUAAUAUUUCGAAAUUUCAGCUUUCUCAGAAGUUUCGCUCAGCAAGAUGACAUUUUGAAGAAAUAAAAAAAUUUAAAAAAAUUUUUUUACAUUCUUCCAGUGGCAGAAACAACCUUCCAUAGAUUGAACUAUCACUUUAUCUACUUGUUUUGGAGGGCGAUGCAAGGCCAAAAAUACAGCUUUUCAUUCCAAGAGAAAUUUGGAAGAGAUGUACGACAAAUGCUGAACACCAAAUCUUCAGCCGCAGUCCAGAAAAUUUGUUUAAAAAAAAAAAAAAAUCAAAUGUAUUUAAAUUUUAAAAAAAAGCCGAAAGUGUGUUCGUGUGCGAGCGCAUUCUCACAGCCUUCUCGCCAGCCUUUUCAUCAGAUUUCGCUUCGGUAUAAUGUCGUCAGUCUUGCGUGGCUCUGCUCCUCACCUCCUCUGCUGGUUUCUGUGUGUUACGUAUGUAUAUGUGACUGUUUUCAGUAUGUUUUAUAUUCUGUACUAUAGCUAAUCCUAUUGUACCUGUAGCAUGGCUCUGUUUUUUGUUUAGGUUCUUUUGGGAGGGGGGUGUUUACCCUUUGCCCUGUGCAUGAUUGAAUGUGUGUGUGAGCGUGUAGCUAGCAGGUUAUUUUUUUACACAGAGGUGAUUUAUGGUAUGAGCCUGUUUGGGUGCUAUUGUGUGUGCCUCUACUCAGUUUUCCUGAACACUGUGACAGCUCUGGCAAAACACAUCGAGUGAAUGGAAGAGACAAAGAAUUACUGUCACACUCGUUUUUUUUUUCUUUUUCUUUAUUCUCCUUUUUUUUUUAACAUGUAAGGUUUCCAUAUUUGUGAGUUGGACUGAGACAUGAAAUGUAGGGGGGGGGGCAAAAAAAAGCUGUUGAUCCUUUCUUGAUAACCUAAUAAUGUCUAAUAUUUGAGUUUUUGUAAUAUUUGUAUGUAUGUAUGAAAGUUUUGUAAAUUUGUGAUUGUAUGCACGUUUUGGCAAAUGAGUGUAUGUAUCUUCAAAAUUUUAAAAAUGCUUGUUUCUUUUCUUUUUUUGUUUUGUUUUGCAUGUAGAUUCUGUUUAGUUUCUUUUGAUUAGAAGUUUUGUUUUAAUGUUUUAUUUCUGGGACCAUGUACAAUACUAUAUAACGUGGGCAGAAUCUUGGACCUCAUGCUACAUUGAUAUUAUAUAUGAAUAUAAAAAACAUCUUUUCCCUAUGGAGAAAGUUUUAAGUUAUAUAUCGCCUGUACACUUUGGGCUGCCUUUUAGAUCUAACUGUCCACUGUUUAAGAUAACCAUGAUAAUAAUGGAUUAAAAAAACAUAUUAAUGAAGAAUUAUGCUGAUGAAAUAAUAAAGAUUCUUAAUAAAUCUUAUUACAUUUACAACACAUUUUGCUUCUGCGUGAGUGGUUUUCAGAAGAAAAAUUUAAACGGGCUUAAGACAGUUUUUUUUACUUGUUUUUUUUUUUUACAAAACAGCAAAAUUGGAUAUUAAAAAUUACAAAACAAGUCAACUCACAAGAAAUAAAAGCAUGAAAAACUGUUUAAGUUGAAACAUUAAAAAAAAAACUUACUUUGCUACAGUGAACACUAGAUGGCAGUAUGAUAUGGAGGCCUAAAACUACCAUGAUCAAAAUUAAAUGAACAAAUAACUUGUUAAAUAAAAACACCAUAAAAUAAAAUAAAAAAAUACUUUUUUUUGGUAUUGUGUUUCUGCAUCAUUAUGCAAAUUAGAAAGGUUGUCGAUCGAAGUGGAGCAACUUUUCACCUACUGCACAUGUCAGAGGGAUCGUGUGUUAGACGCAGGGGUUGAACCUUUUUGCUUUCAGUAAUUUAGAAGUGUGAGGGCUCAUUACAAAUUUAAAUACGGAAGAAAAGUAAAAUAAAUAUCAACAUAUUUGUUUUGAAUAACUUCUUUACCAAAUGAAUGAUGUAUUUAUUUUGUUUGUGGCAGCUUUGGUCCAUUAACGAGGUUGCUGAUAAAGGGAUCAUGUUCACAUGAUAAAGAAACAAAUCUACCAGUCAUAAAAAAGAAAUGCAAGUGUUAUGUGGUGAAAUAUGUUUUCACUCUUUGCUUUGCAACAGAUGUCUGAAGACGAGGUGCUCCAAGCUGUACUAGAGGCAGCGGUGCCUCCUGCUGUUCAGGAGGACAAUGUCAGGGCAGAGCUGGUCUUUCUGGAUCAGGAUCAUUUUCACACACGUCCUUAUCAUUUAGCACCAAUAUGUCUCCUAUCAAACAUGUCUGGGACAUUCUGGGUCAGCGUGUUCAUCAGUGUGUCUUUUGCAUGAUGAACACGCCCCAACCAGUCAAACCAGCCCCUCCCUGAGCCUGGAUCCACCAGUUAAAAGAGGGGUUUUCCUUCCCACUGUCGCCAAAAGUUUGCUAAUAGGGGGUUUUCUGAUUGUUGGAGUUUUCUCUGUAUUACUGUAAGGUCUUUACCUUAUAAUAAAAAGCAUCUUGAGGCGACUGCUAUUGAGAUUUGGUGCUAUAUAAAUAAACUUGAACAGCAGCAAUCAUCAUUAUCAUUGUACAGCUGCAGGCUGCUCAUCCAGGAAUGGAGAGCAAUUCUUCCACACAUCCAGGAGUUGGGUGACUGCUUGCAUUGGAUCACAUCUUAUAUUUACAUAUGCCAUAGUGUUGGUCUAUAAACUCUAUUUAAAACACUGACUUGUGUUCCUUUUUUAGCUAGCAUGUGACUAAAACAGUUGGAGCACUCUGGUUUUUCGAAUGGGUGACUCAUUCCAAAGUCCAAAUCAGUUAUCCUGCUGAGAUGCUCCCAAACAGCAAUACUGAGCUUUUGACUUGCAUGUCCUUGCAGUAUCCUUAAUAGUUAUAGAAUGUUUUAGGAUAAAGUUCAUGAUUUUUCUUUUCUAAAGGCGUUUAGGAUUAGGAGGUUAGAUCGGGAGUUAGAUCUGGAAAAAACAGGGAAAUCUUUUCUAGUAUCUUUGGAAAGUCGUGAUUCCAACUAUGAUUCUCACUGCAAGUUAUCCUAAGUAAGAACAAUUAGAAAUAGGCUCAGUUUCAAGCUUGCCAAUUGCCAAGGCCUCCUCUGUGACUCUG